AUGAUUUCGCUCAAACAUCACGCCCUUUACUGGGUCUUGUCACUCUUGACAGUUCCUCUUACCAGCAUCCGGAGGCUCCUCUUCAGCCAUGGACUCUUUAUGGGCUCUAUUGACGAGGUCGAAUUCGCGACUAUGUGCCUCUCCAUGUAUUUUGUUGCACGCCCUGUGUUAGGCGGACUACAAGACUUUCAUCGAGAAGUAGAAGUUGGCGUGACCAAGUGCAGUGGUCUUAUAGAGGCGGCUGAUCUCGAAAAGACCAUCGAGGAGAAUAGCAUCACGAAAGAACCCGAAUCCAGAAACGGCAAUGCGAAAGGAACAAAGUCCCAAAAGCGCCGGAAGAAACCCGCCAAAGGUGGCAAAGGUGCCAAUGGCAAGCCUCGAGCAGUUCACUUUCAGAAGGAGUCGGCCCAAAAUGGGGAUGCGAAGCUGUCGAACGGGAAUAGAGCUCUUCAGAACAUAGUGGCAGCACAACGACUCCGGAAGAAAUCAACUAGUCGAUACACUGCCAACCAGCAGUCAUUCCUCAACUUGACUUGGAAGUACCUUGACAUUCUGUAUUUUAUGCCUCUAGGGAUUUUGUUCACUCAUACAGAGCCUCUCAUUGGGUUUGGUGAGCGUGAUGGAAACUCUCAUCUCCAGUCAGUUGGCCGAGUACUCCUGAGCUUUCUAGUCAUGGGCAUCCUGGAACCAAUCAGACAGAACUAUUGGCCUUGGUGGCCUGGUAUCUGGUUCGCUGAUAGCCUCAGUGGUCUCGAUAUUUUCAUUCGUGUUUGGUUACUAGUGCCACUCAUUGAUGUUGCCGAGACUGUACUGUACGCUAUUGCUUCCAGAGUCCGUCCAGGAUGGUAUAAAAAGAGACUUGAGCUUAUGGAAAGACCUCUUUAG